CGAUUGUUCUACAAAGUCUCGAAUUCAAUACAUGUCAAGCCGUGUCGCCAUCGUGAGAAGACUUUGCCAGGCUACCAAGCACAAAUUGGACAGUUCCCAAAUAUCCUGGCAUUAAUUCGUCGCGACACCACCCGUGCGUGGACUUCGUCCAUCAUGUCUUCGGAACGGUCCGACCUCAUCAGCGUCCCAUCGGACACAGCCCUAGCAUUUGCUCAACGGCUGCUGGAGGCCAAUGGCGUCUCACCCUCAGACGCAGCCAUAGUCGCAGACAACCUCGUUUCAGCAGACCUGCGCGGUGUCGACACGCACGGCAUCAACCGGCUGCCAUCAUAUGUGAAGCGAGUGCGCCAGGGCGUCCUGGACCCAAAAGCCCAGCCCACGCUGGAGCAGACGACGCCCGUGGUGGCGCAGGUCGACGGGAAGAAUGCCUUUGGCGCCAUAGUGGCCAAGAAGGCGAUGGCGGCGGCGGUGGAGAUGGCCCGGACCUAUGGAAUCGGCAUGGUCUCGUGCAAGCACAGCAACCACUUUGGCAUGUCGGCCUGGGUGGUGCAGCAGGCCCUGGACGCAGGCAUGAUGUCGCUCGUCUUCACAAACAGCUCGCCGGCAUUGCCGGCUUGGGGUGCCAAGGAGCAGCUGCUUGGUGUGAGCCCCAUUGCAUGCGGUGCCCCCGGGGAGCCGAUCCCGUUCAUCUUGGACAUGGCCCCGUCUGUGGCAGCCCGGGGCAAGAUCUACAAGGCUCUGAGGAGGGGCGAGGGGAUCCCGGACGACUGGGCGCUGGACAAGGAGGGCAACCGAACGACGGACCCGGCCAAGGCGCUCGACGGCGGCGUGAUGCUACCUAUGGGCGGGCCCAAGGGCUCGGCGCUGGCCAUCAUGAUGGAUGUCUUCUCGGGCGUGCUCUCGGGCUCGGCAUUUGGUGGGGAUGUGGCCGGGCCGUACGACCCAUCACGGCCUGGCGACGUGGGGCAUUUCAUCGUGGCUCUGAAGCCGGACUUAUUCAUGAGCACGGAAGAGUUCAGGAAUCGCAUGAAAUAUGUGUAUGAGAGGGUAGUAGGAUCGGAAAAGAUGCCUGGCAUUGAUCGCAUCUACUUUCCAGGGGAAAUGGAGAUCAUCAAAAGGGAUGAGAGGCUUCGUUCAGGCAUUCCGUACGCAAAGGCCGAAAUCGAGACUUUAAAUAAGGAGGCAGAGGCAGCGGGGGUGAAACCACUUGUAUAA